AUGGCUCAGAACGCGCAUAUCCCCGAGGAUCUAUACCACAUUCUACUUACAACAUCGCAUAUCAGCAAGAACCCCAAUAAUGUUGUUGAAAAAGUACGGGUCUUGGGGUCGUAUACCUCGCUCAUAGCAGCAAAAGCAGCCGCGCACAGCUGCCUGUACGACGCAGGCUACGAAGAGGAGUUUUUCAAAACGUAUGAAAUCAACCCGGGCCGCGCGGAAAAGGAACAAAAUGAACGCGAUUCCGGCGUCAUUAUCCACGCCAGCGCCGCAGACGGGACGAUCUUCCGAGUCCGUAUCAAAAACUCGCCCAACGAGGCGCUGGCGCUGACGAGCGAUCUGCCCGAUGGACGCGUCUCAGUCCCACUGUACUACGUGAUCCAGGCGAGCGUCGAGUACGGUGGUGAUGAUGGGAGUCUGGUGCGGGAUAUUGAUGUUGAGGGAGCGUUUGCUUCUUAUGCUGAGGCGAGAAAGUUUGCGAGUACUGUGUUGCUAUCUCCUGAGGAUGGGAUCACGAAGGAUAGCUUCGCGGAGUAUAGCGAGGCUGGGCCAGACGAGACAGACUGCGGAUAUGGGGAGAAUGUAAUUGUGCAUGCUGCGUCAGAAUAUGGGACGAACUACUUGGUGAAUGUUGUCAAGACCCUGGAGCUGAAGGCUGUAGGUGUCGCCGAGGCGGCCAUGAGGAUUCGCUGA